CAAUUGGUUCAAAUUGGAAACAAAUAAUAAAUUAAAUGACCAACGAAAAGUAAAAAUAUUUAUUUGCAAUAAAAUCACUUAAUUAUCAUAGAAAUUAAUCAGGCUAUAGUAUGAUUACUGAUUCCAUUCCUUAUGUAUAGUUAUAGUUUUUUUCCAUUGUGAACGCAUUACUCCUUAUACGGUUGUCAAAUUUUGACAAUUGAAUACCAAAAAAUUCGCCAAUCACAUUUCAAACACAAUAAUAUAAAAGGAAAAAAAAGUGAUUUAUAAAAUAAAAUUAAAAGAUUUUAUUUCAUAGCAUUAUUACCAAGAAUAGAGCGAAGUUCAUCAUGAACCAGGCAGAAAUAACAAAAUUAGUAUCGAAACUUCGAUUCAAGAUCCAGCCUCAGCGAAGACAAAUGCCUAGUAUGAAAGGUCCCAUGGGAAGAAUGGACAGGCUAAGGGAAAGCGUAACAGCUUUGAUUAAAUACGAACGGAUUGAACUGUAUUAUCCAAGAGCUGAUGAAUCACGCGGCUAUGCUGAAAGGUUGAUAUCGGAUGCCAUUCGACACGGCGAUCGGCACGGACCCACAAUGGAAAUGGCUAACUUUUGGAUCACAGAGAAGCAGUACAUCCAUAAAUUAUUCAAAGUGAUUGUACCUCGCCUACAGAACUGUCCACUUACAUAUACACGAUUAUACAAAGCGCCCAAAGUUUAUCCAGAUAUAACAUACUGGGAUCGUGCAGUGCUUGAGCUUCGUGGCAAUCCAUUUCCUUUAUUAAAACCAUCUCAAAGUGUAAAUCGUAAUUUCAUUCAUAACGUUUUACUUGAUGAGGCAAAGAAAGAAUAUCGGCGAAAGAAGUAUGCUCAACUAGAUGCUGAAUCACAAGAAACGACUACAUCCAAAGGAGAACCAAUUGACCAAUUAACUGAGCAAUUCGAACAUACCGCUAUUAAAGAUGAUAACGAGAACCAAAAAGCUGAUGAGAAUUCAUCAGAGAAAACAGAAGAGAAGCAAUAGGUUAGCUGAUGUACACUUCUUUUGUAACUAAUAAAAACAUGUAAUUAGUUUUACUACACGAAUUUAUUGGAUGAAAUACAGUGGUAAAAUAUGAGAUAUUAAAUCUUUAUUAUUAAAAGCGAAAUUCGUGCGAUAAAUGUGAAUAUUUUAGUAAGAUUAUUAUCGUUUAUCAUAGUCCAUGGUUCUCAUUAGGGUAGAGAUUGGAUCAAUUCGUUCAAAAACUCAUCCGGAUUCUCGAUAUCGUUGAGCAGACCUAGAAUUCAUUUUAAUAAAUUAUAGUUAUUUUUUGUACUCCAAAUGAAAA